AUGGAGGUUGGGAUUUCAUUUGCUUGGGAUGUUGGUAUAACGGAAGUGAUCAUUGAAUGUGACUCCAAGAUCAUGUCUGAUGCUCUCUUGGGUUUAUACAUAUCGCCUAUGAUUAUCUCAAAUAUCUUAGCUGGGUUAUUAUUUUUUCUAAACUUUAUUAUCUACAUUAGUAAUGAAAAGAGUUUUUCUAUUUUGGGUUUUCGGGAAACUCAUUUAUGGUAUAUAUUACCUAAUGAGGUGAAGAGUACACGCCUUCUUAAUCAAUAUUUGGAACUUCUGUCACCAUGUGAGAAAGAAAAUGUGUUUCGCAUGCGGGGAAAUCAGCCCCAGAAAAGAGCCCUGCUAGCCAGUGAAUUGGUCCGGACUACCAUUGCAAGAUAUCAGACAAAUUUUCAAGUCGAUCCAAGAUGCUUGAAGUUCAAGAAGAAUAUCUAUGGUAAACCAGAGGUAGAGUGGCAAGAUGUUGAUGACUCACACCUACCUCCAUUGCAUUUCAAUAUAUCACAUAACUCUUUUUUAAUAGCCUGUGGAGUGACUCUGAAUUCACCAAUUGGUAUUGAUGUGGAAGAGAAGCAACGGAAGUUAUAAGACAAUAUACUUAUUUCAUCUUCAAGCAGUAAUUCUAGUAGAAAAUUCUUAACUUGUUAGAAAGUUUUACCAUAGACAGUUCAAUGUUGGACACUCAGCAGAAGUUUGAACUUUAAAGAAACUAGGAUGGACUACCCAUAUUGUUUAUAAAAGCAAAAAUAGAAAAAACACUCUUUGAAUGCAUGAUGCACUGGAAAAAUAGAUGUUUCAAAUUUCUUUGGAUUUCACAGUUCAAUGUUGGACACUCAGCAGAAGUUUCAACUUUAAAGAAACUA